AUUGAUGGGCGGGGCUUUGGUGGAGGAAGGGCUGGAUGCAGCGUGUUUCUCUGCAGCCGCGGCUCCUCCAACUCCCUGAAAAACCUUCGCUGUCCCAGAGAGGUCGCGCGCUCUGGCUUCGCCAUGCUCCUGCUGCUAGGGCUGUGCUUGGGGUUGCCCCUCUUCUCAGAGUCCCAGGAAGAGGCAAGGAGUUGGGACGACACCUCGGAGCAAGUCGUGCUCAGGGUCCCCAGGCAGCUCAGGCUGUUGCAAAGACUGAAAACCAAGCCCUUGAUGGCAGAGUUUUCGGUGAAGUCUACCAUCAUUUCCCGCUAUGCCUUCACCACGGUGUCCUGCAGGAUGCUCAACAGAGCUUCUGAAGACCAGGAGGCUGAGUUCCAGAUGCAGAUUCCAGAAUCAGCUUUCAUCACCAACUUCACCAUGCUUAUAGGAGACAGCGUGUAUCGGGGUGAAAUUACACAGAAAGAUAAGAAAAGCAGUGAGAGCGUAAAAGAUAAAAGGAACAGAACCUCAGACGAUAAUGAAGAAAACGGGAGUGACAUGUUCAAAGCGUCUUUAGUGAUUCCCAGCAAGGACAAAGCUGCUUUCUUCCUCAGUUAUGAAGAGCUUCUGCAGAGGAGGCUGGGGAAAUACGAGCAUAGCAUCAGCGUGCGCCCCCAGCAGCUGGUGGGGAGGCUGACUGUGGAGGUGGACAUCCUGGAGCGAUCGGGCAUCACAUCCUUGGAAGUGCUGCCUCUCCACAACAGCAGGAAGAAGGGUAGUGGGAAGGCAGAAGGUGAUGUGGGUCCUCCCCCUUCUACUCUCAUCAACCAAAAUGAGACAUUUGCCAAAGUCAUCUUUAAGCCUACUGUGGUCCAACAAGCUAAGAUUGCCCAGAAUGGGAUCUUGGGAGAUUUCAUCGUUCGGUAUGAUGUCGAGAGAGAGCAGAACAUUGGUGACAUCCAGGUUCUGAAUGGUUAUUUCGUGCACUACUUUGCUCCUAAAAACCUCCCUCCUCUACCCAAGAACGUGGUCUUCGUGCUUGACAUCAGCGCUUCCAUGGUGGGAGCGAAACUCCAGCAGACCAGGGAGGCUCUCGUCACAAUUCUCAAUGACCUCCGACCCCAGGAUCGCUUCAAUAUCAUUGGGUUCUCCAAUCGGAUUAAAAUGUGGAAGGACCACUUACUACCAGUGACUCCUGACAACAUUAGGAAUGGCAAGAUCUACAUGUACCAUCUGUCACCCACUGGAGGCACAGACAUCAAUGGGGCCCUUCAGGCUGCCAUCAAACUGCUCAACAACUACGUGGCCCAGAAUGACAUUGAAGACCGAAGUGUGUCCCUCAUCAUCUUCCUCACCGAUGGGAAACCCACCUUUGGGGAGACCAAUACCCUCAAGAUUCUCAGCAACACCAAGGAAGCCACCAGAGGUCAGAUCUGCAUCUUCACCGUUGGCAUUGGCGAUGACGUGGACUUCAAACUGUUAGAGAAACUCUCGCUGGAGAACUGCGGUCUCACGAGGCGUGUUCAUGAGGAGGACAAGGCGGGCGCACAGCUCAUCGGGUUCUAUGAUGAGAUCCGGACCCCGCUUCUUUCUGACAUCCGCAUAGAUUAUCCUCCUGACGUAGUAGAGCAUGCCACCAAGACCCUGUUCCCUAACUACUUCAAUGGCUCUGAGAUAGUGAUUGCAGGGAAGAUGGUGGACAAGAAGUUUGAUCAACUGCAUGUGGAGGUCACUGCCAGCAACAGUAAGAAAUUUGUCAUCCUAAAAAGAGACAUCCCCGUGGAGUUCCGGAAGAUGGGGAAUGAUGUCUCAGUCACACCUGGCUCAGCCAGAGAUGGCGGGAAGGACCUAAACCACAUUGAGCGACUUUGGAGCUACCUCACUGUGAAGGAGCUGCUAAGCUCCUGGAGGCAGAGCAACAGUGAGCAAGAGAAAGAGCAGCUGAGGCAGAAGGCCCAGGACUUAGCCUUGAACUAUCAUUUCCUCACCCCCUUCACCUCCAUGAAGCUGAGGAAGCCAGGGCUCCGCACAAACCAGCUGGAGGACACCUAUGGCAUGUCUGCAGCUACAGGACCUGCGACCGUGGUGCAGAACCUUCGAGAGGCCGGCAAGCAGCCAGAACCUGAUCUCAAAAAAACAUAUGACCCAAGAAUUAAAAUCUCUAAAACAUCAGUGGAUGGUGAUCCUCAUUUUGUAGUGGAUUUCCCCCUAAGCAAACUCACUGUCUGCUUUAACAUCGACGGAGAGCCGGGGGACAUCCUACGUCUGGUCUCUGAUCAUCUGAACUCUGGUGUGACUGUGAAUGGCGAGCUUAUUGGGGCCCCCGCACCUCCGAAUGGUCACAAGAAACAGCGCACCUACUUCCGCACCAUCACCAUCCUCAUCAACCGGCCAGAGAGAUCUUACCUGGAGAUCACACCAAGCAGGGUCAUCCUGGACGGUGGGGACAGGCUGGUACUCCCCUGCAACCAGAGCGUGGUAGUAGGGAGUCGAGGAUUGGAGGUGUCAGUGUCUGCCAAUGCCAACAUCACCGUGGUCAUCCAGGGCAACAUUGCCUUUGUCAUCCUCAUCCACCUGUACAAAAACCCAGCACCCUUCCAGAGAGACCACCUGGGCUUCUACAUCGCCAACAGCAGAGGUCUCUCCGACAACUGCCACGGACUGCUAGGUCAGUUCCUGAACCAGGAUGCCAAACUUGUAGGAGCUCCUGAGGAAUACGGCAAGAAUCUUAGUAACCAGCCAUUUCCUCGGGCAGAAGGGAUGCCUGAGGCUAUCCUGAAGGUGAAAGGGCGCCGAGUUCCAGUGGUCUGGAAACAAAGGAAGAUUUACAACGGGCAAGCACAGGUAGACUGCUGGUUUGACAGAAACAAUGCUGCCAAGCUGAUUGACGGUGUCUAUAAGGACUACCUGGCAUCUCAUCCGUUUGACACAGAGAGUGCACUGGGCCUGAGCACGCCCAGGAAACCUGAGACCGACAGGCCCCAUGAGGAGAGUGUCUAAAAGGGAAGGGAUAUUGGGUCUACUCUGGACGCAACUCUUUUUAUGUGUGGCUACCUUGGCUCUUGCUAUGCGCUGUACUGUGUAGCCCGCCCCCUGGUGAGCUGGAGGUCCAAUGUCUCUUAGAGCAAUGAGUCAGGGCAGGAAGCUGAAAUGCAAAUACUUCCCUUCCUGCCUUCCUCAUCUAUACUAGAUAAAAAAAAAAACAAACAAACAAACAAAAAAAAAACGGUAGCACCAAGAAGAGUAAUUAAGUAAAAUCGUGUAGCACCUGGCUUAUCCCUCUUAUUCUACCGUCACGUAAUGCCUUAUGAGGAAGAGGGGUUGCCAUGACAUUUGUUUUCUGUGUAACUGUGUCCGAGUUUGGCCGCUCUGCUUUUUGCCCUAUCUCAAUGCUUAGGAAGGAAGAUCUCUUUUCAGCUGCCUUCUCCAGAUGGUGCUCCCAACCACUCCUUCCAAGGUCAUUUACAUUGAGGCCAGACUACCAAUUAUCCACACAAAUAGUUUGUACAUUGGAUCUCUAAACAACUGGGUAUUUUCUUAGCAGAAGAUAUUUUUUUCCUACUGUGGAAACUUGCCCAGUCAAUAUCCCAGAUACUGAUCUUGUCCUGAUUGCCUUUGCAGGUCACUUGGCCUUGCUGGUGGGUGUUUUCCAAUUUAUUCCAAUAAACCAAGUGAUUUUAAUAAAUAGGAAAACUCCCCACGGAUGUCUUUUACUGGCUUGCCUUAGUGCCGGAGAGCCAGCUAGUUGAAAAAUAAUCCUUCUACUCAGAGCAGUUUAGUUUUUCUGUAAUUCCAGAAAAUUUUGUUUUUGCCUUUGGGGGCCCAGGAACUAAUAAAUCAGAUGAGAACAGUGCAUGACAGACAGAUGCAGCCUAGAGUGAGCGGCUCAGCCUAUGGGUGGGAAGAAUCAACUGUACAUUCUCAGAGGGAAGUGGACCCAUGCCUGCACACAGGGCUGCUGCACCAUGGGCUAGCAGCGGUUAGCUGAAGAAGACAGGACCCAUCCAGGAUGGGGAGAGGGAUCAUGAGUCCCUGCUCCUAGAAGGGGCUGGUCAUAUCCCUCAGUUGCAAAGCCACUGCUAAGUUGCCCUUGCUCAAAGAAAUAACCCCCAAUUUAUAGCAAGCAAUUCUAAUUGAAUGCAGAGUCACAUACUUAUAAAGAAACACGAAGAUAGGGCAUGUGGAGUGGGGACUUUUGGGGACAAAGGAAACCAUAAGAGAAUAUCAUGGAAAAUGGAGGGGGUGCGAUCCAGUACAUUAGAGAUAUGCAUGAGUUUGUGAAUGAAUAAACCAAGGGAAAGAAACUCUGAGGAGAGAUUCCCACAUCUCCAAUGAGCACGAGCUAGGAGACUGGCGUGAGUUUUAGUUCUGGUACUUAGAGGUGAAUCUACUAAGGAGAGGGUUGCAAUCCAAGGGGGCUUCUAAGAUGUAACAAGUGUAAUAUUAUUGUGACUCUCCUCCAUCUAGCCUAGCCAUCCUAUUCAAGAGCAAGGGUGAUAGAUGCAGCAGAACACGGAUCUCCCUUCUUACACCCUGUGUUCUUCUCCGCCAUGUUGGGGCUGGUGUGGGAGUGGCCUGCUGGGAAACAGGUGAACAGGGACUGAUAGGAUUGAACAGAGAAAGGGAAAACCAUGCAUGGGGGAAGCAAGAGUGUUUUGAUGUGGACCACCAGAGUGAAGGCCUCUACGUGUCCCCACAUAAGAUUUCUCCCAUCAGGCACCACGCCAUGAUAUUCUCUACAGUGAGACAGGAAGGCCACUUAGCACUUGGAGAGAAAGCAGCAUCAAGAAAAUUGUUUUCCUUCCUGUGGGAAGUGUUUGAGCAGCACAAUGACAUCCACAUGUUCCUGUCUGACCCAGCAGCCUCAAGAGCCAGUUGGGGCUUGAGUGGGUCUCUUUCUGUUCUAUGAACCCACCAGGCCACAGCCGGGCAGCUGUGCUAUUUAUCUGACUCCCCAUGUUCCCAGACUCAUCUGUCCGUUCUCAGGCCAGGAGUGCAAAGAUGAGCAACCCUUAUGGCUGCCAGAUGUUUCCAUCUUUUCAGGCUUAGAAAAAGGAGGACCUCAGCCAGGCCUAACCAGGGCCGGCCCCAGGGCAUGUCCCUGGGACCUUGCUAUUACAUAAAUCCCAACUGGAGAGACAGCUCUGGAGCCAGGUGGCUGGCUCUCCUGGGUUGCACUCAGAGCGAUGAUAGGAUAAUACGAGUGUGUUGUUCUAGAUAUUGUCUUCACCAUCAACACAGGAGUAUCAUUAGGCAAGAACAGAUUCUGCUUGCUGUUGUCUAGGAGCAGAAGCACGUGGGAGAUUCCAGCAAGAUGCCCAUCCCUCACUGUUUUGUCAGCAAUCAAAUCAACCUAAAAGUUUGAGAGAUUUUACCUAGAAAACCCUUUCUUUUGUCUUUAGGCAAAUAUUCUACAAAUGUAGCUCACUCUCUCUUUCUUUCUCUUUCUCUUUCUCUAUCUCCUUAUCUCUCUCUCUUCCUGAAAGCCAUUUACUAUCUAUCGAUCUAAAUUAUCUCAUAUAGCUGGAAAAUCCUAUUUGAGGACUCACAACCAAACACCAACAGAAAAGUUUUCAUUUGACUGGGUACAAGCGUUGUAGAUAGAAAAUUCCAAUACCUGCAAAGAAGAGGACUGUCAUUUCAAAUGGGGAAACAGAGGCAGCUGAGCCACUUUCCCCAAGUCACACAUAGGACUUAGAGCAGGAGUACAGUUGAACCUGAAGGAUUCACAUGUUAGACCUGGCAUUCUUUUGUUACCUGGUGAAGCAUUUCUUUUCCUCGAGCAUUUAGUAAAAGAUGGGGUGUGAGGUCACCAAAUAAACAAUUGGCUGGGCUGAAGACAAAUGUGGAAGUUAAAUGGGAUAAAUCAAGUUGUUAUUGCAGUACUUAAUUAUGAAGAGUCGGUGAACUGAGUUGUUGAGCAGAAUUGUGGCUUUGGCUUCCAGUACCACCCCCUCCCCCAAUGAAGAAAGGAAUAGAAAUGGGUCAUUUUAAAGAGACUUCUCACUAAAGUUUCAUAUACAGUGAUCUCACUACCUCCUAUCCAUCCAUCCAUGUGUUGCUGUAUCUUCUCCCAUUCCACCUUUCCAUGAUCUACCACUUCUAGCUGGAGGCUGGGGAUGUUUGGCAAGAUGAAGUAUAGAGAUACCACUUCUGGGCCCCAAAGUCACCCUGAGGAUGUGGAAAUCUGGAAACCAGAGACUGCAGCCAAUGGUUUUUUUUUUAAUCAGGAAUCACAGUCAAUAUUUACCUGACCUUCAGGAGGCAGAGACAGGCAGAUCUCUGAUUCUGAGGCCAACCUGGUCUACAUAGUGAGUUCCAGGACAGCCAGGGAUAUGUAGGGAGAACUAUGCUGAGAACCUGUUUCUGAAAAUCCAAAGUGUGUGUGUGUGUGUGUGUGUGUGUGUGUGUGUGUGUGUUUCUGUCUGUCUGUCUGUUCUUCUGUCUGUCUUUGUGUGUGUUAUAACCUGAACUGCAUGUUCUCACAGACAAAUUAAGAACAGGGUUCUUUGAAUAAAUAAAUGCUGUGGACUAAAAGCAUCCUUUCAAAACACACAUCCUUAAGCCUAAAUCUGCUCUGUAACGGUCCCUCCAAGUGGAGUCUUUCAGAAGGGGUCAAGUCCUGAGAACAGAGCUCUUACACACUGGUUUAGAGUGUUCAUGAGAAGAAAUUUACAUGGGAGAAUCUGAUGGGAGGGAGUAUGGAAAUGCUUUAGAUAGAGAAUUCAUAUGUGAAAUUUUCAAAAAAUGUUUAGUUAAUAAUAAUCAGGGAGGCUGGUUGGUAAAGCAUUCUCUUGCAAGCACAAGAAACUGAGUUGAGCCACCAGAACUCAAAAAAGUCAGGUGUGGGUGAUGCGCUUUCCAUUCCCAGUACUGAGGAGGCUGAGGCAGGCUGAUCCCUGGCGCUCGCUGGCCAGUCAGUUUAGUGUCCUUAGUGAAUCUCAGGCCAGUGAAACAAUCUGUUCAAAAACAAAAAGAGGAUGUCAUCUGAGGAAUGGAAACCAAGGUUAUCUUCUGGCCUCCACAUGUGCAUGAACACGUGGACAUAUAUGUGUACCUACACGUAUGAACACACAUACACACAAACACAAAAAAGAUAUAAGAGACACAAAGUUGCUCCUCUUUGUCAUAUAAGAGCAUUAAAAAAGGUGGCUGUGUAGAAGCCAGGAGCCACACACCAGAUCUGUGCCUUGAUCCAGAUCAUCUCAGUCUCUGAAACUGUAAGUAAUAAGUGCAUUUUGGUUAAACUGCCCAGUUUAAAAUAUUCUUCAUAAAGCAACCCAGCCUUGCUGAAAUAAAGAGAGUCUCCACAACAUGAGUUUCCACCUUUAUUCGGGCUACCCAGAAUAUACAAAAGCAAUGCUGUUGUAAGAUCUGAAAGAGUCCUACAAGCCUAAGGACGUGGUCCAGCUAAAAUAAACAGCAAAUACAAUAACACAGCUAACCAAAUACUUAGAGAUGCAAUGUUAAAUAUUUAUUUUAGCCUGUUUCAAGUAAGUAGGUACAGAUUGUUCACAUCCCAAGAGACUCUGUUUCUUAAAAGUUUGUAAGAAAAAAAAAUGAUGUCUAAAAACAAACAGUACAGUGUGUUUAUUUUUUAGGGGAAACUGAAAUCAGGGCUACUGAAAAUAAAACUUGAUCAUUCUAACCGCAAUGCUUGUUUGUAGAAAUGUCUGCAUUUCCGUCCUGAUCAUAAGUAUUCUUAUCUCAGUGAUGUCUAUCGCUGGUGGUUACGACAGUAGUCUGUAAGGUUACAACAGAAUUGAAGAUUCUCUUGCCCAGUAUUGCUACUCUAUAGCUAAUGUCUAGAUCUAUUCACAUGCACAAAUAUUUACCAUUGUGUUAUAGCUGCUUAAAGAUUCAUAGUCACACUAAAUAUGUUUAUAUUCUAGAAGCAAUGCAAUAUGCUAUGUAGCAUUGUUGUAUAAUAAAGUAUACCAUCUAGA